AUGUCCUCUAACGAACUCAUCCCUUUAUUCCCAUCAGCUACUCAUCCAGCUAUACCCAUCUCAGCUCAGAUCCUGUCCACCCUCAGACACCUUACCGGACCGGGCAAAGGUAACGAUCUGAAACCCGAGGAGAGAGCAGCUUUAGUUGGUGUAUCUGCCUUGUUGGGAUGUGAGAAAAUACAAAGUAAAGAUUUACCAUUAUCGUCCGCUCAAAAAGCCUCGUCCGUCUCUCCAGCCCAUUUCCGUUCGACCCUCUCCAAAUGUCGAAUCUUACUCGAAUCGAUACCCUCUCCUUCCGUCUCACCUUCCAAACGCUCAACAGGAGGAUCACCUUCCAAAAGAUCAUCAACGUCAACGGCUGGUAAUUCACCUUCAAAGAAAUCCUCCAACUCCCACUCCAAUUCGUUGGGUAUCCCUGAAGAUAUAGAUAUAGAAGAAAGUAUAACACCCUCUGGAGGAGUACGUCCAGAAGACGUUUUAAGUCCAUUACAGACUCCCAAAAAGAAAUACAAGUUCAGUUCUGGAUUAGAUAUCAGUUCAUUGGUCAAAUCGCCAAGAACACCUAGGACAUAUGAUAGUGUCAUUGCAAGUCCUUUACGACAGAGUGUAACUAGACAACCUUCUACCAAACAUCCACAGCACACCACGAAGAACCAGCAGGAAGAGGAGGAUGUAGAAAGGACACCAAGUAAGAAAAAUAAAUUUAUUGCUACUCCCGGUCACGGUCCUGGAGUGGAUCUUGAAAAUCCACCUCCUGCUAGUGCGAUUAGAUCAGUCCAGAAACGAAGAAAGGGUGAAGAUCCAUCGGCUUUUUUUGCGCUCCGACCGGGAUCAGGAAACAUAUCGCAUACUCCUGAUAAAAUUGGGUCUGGAGGAGGAGGGCAAGAGGUGGAAGGAGAAGGAUGGAUGCAUCGACGUCCGGAGGAGACUCAUCGGAAGAACAAGGUGAGAAGGGUCGACCAAGAGGGAGAAAUACGAAGGAAGAAGAGGAAGGAAGUUAGGAAAGUCGAUUGGACGUAUAAGGAGGGCGUGUGGGGUAGACAGAAAGAGGCAGAAUUGGAUCAGGUAUGGAAGGAUCUGGAUAUAUGGUUAGAGAGGAAUGAUAUGUCGAGUAUAGAAGAUACUCCGGUCAAUGGAAGGAACGCGGUGGAUAUACUGCUGAGUCUCGUAUCGGGUUCAGCAGAAAGUAAAGGGGACGGGCAUUGA